GACACUGCAGCAUACAGGCCAAACACUUUUGGACCGGGCAGCCACUCGCAUUUAAGACAGGAGGAGAAUCAAAUAACUUCACCGGAACUCUGAGGAACAAGGACGUGAACAAAGACGAGCCAAAAUGAUGCAGUGUUUUCACUUCAUGGUGGAGCCGGCCAAAAACUUCACGGCCAAGAUCAAGGAAUCGCACAAGAGAGCAAAGAAGGAGAAGAGGGAGCCUCUGGAUGAGGAUCAGCUGUUUGUUGUGGAUCUGGCUCGAGACGUCAGCCGAGUUUGCCAGAGAUCAGCAGUUCUGGAGCACAUCUGGAACCAAGAUGACACCUGGCCAACUGCUCUCUGCAGGAGCUUCAUCCUGCAGUGGGCCUCCAUGCUGGAGAGCAAGAAGAGGCCCAUGCAGACUGACGGCUGGCCAGAGGUAGAUGGGGACAAACACCCUGAUCAGAUUAAUGAACAGGACCUGCUGAAGGCCAAAACUGUGAUCCUCAACUGGAUCAAGGAUCUGAGAGCUCAGCCUGAGCAAAGCGUGUGGCCCGGAGAACCUGUGGCGAAGGUUUUGGAGGACCUGCAGUCAGCCUGGCGUUGGGGUCGCGCUCCCAACCUGCUGACUGCUAUGGAGCUGGUGAUGUGGACUUUAAUGUUACAGCGACCCGAUAAGGACACCAUUCCACAGCAGUGGCUUCUGUGGAAGCAGAAGACACAGAAAAUUGGUGCCAUAUCCUACGUUCCCCAACCAGUGUGGGACUGGAUCGCUGAUGCUGCAGUGGAGGUGACUCUGGACCUGGACACGGCCAACCCUGACCUGCUCAUCACUGAUGAGAAGAGGAUGCGCUGCGGCUUUGAGAGGAAAGAUGUUCCCAACUACCACCAGCGUUUCGACGGCUGGUGGUGCGCCGUCGGAGUGGAGGGCCUUGACUCCGGCCGCCACUACUGGGAGGUGGAGGUGGGGGAGCGGGACUGGCGGCUGGGCGUGGCCAAGGAGUCGGCCCUGAGGAAAGGCUUCAAGUCCCUGAACACAGAUACGGGUUACCUGACCCUGCGGCUGGAGAGGGGCACCGAGCUGAAGGCGCUGACGGUGCCCUUCACCGCCCUGCCACCCGGCCUCAUCCCCCGCAAGGUGGGCGUUUACCUCGACUAUGACAACGGCCAGCUGUCCUUCUACGACGUGGAAAGACACUUCCACAUUUACACCUACAAUGAGAGCUUCGGUGAGAAGCUAUUCCCUCUGUUUGGCACCGUGGAGAUCAUCAAGGAUCUGGUGAUCAGGUCUCCAGCAGCCAAAACCCAGUGUCUCUGCUCCACAUCCUGCCUCUGGGGUUGAGCUUCUCUCCAUCACCUAUUCAAAAACAAGUAGACAUCAUAAUAAAGUAUAACAAACCAGAAUCACAGGGAGGAAUCCUGAUGUAAAAGACCGUCAUUGUGCUAUUAAAUAGCUCCACUAUGUGACCACUCUGUAUGCCGCUGCUGCUGCUUUAAAUGUGAUUGUUGCACUUUCUCACUAUAGACUUAUAGUGCUCCCCUUUGCUGACAUACAUAAUGUAUUUUGUUAUCUUUAAAAGGUAACCAAUAGUGUUAAUGUUAUGUACUGUGCAAUAUUAAUCCUGCAAUGACAAUGCACUUAUGUGAAUAAUAAAUAAACCAAAUCCAUGUCUUAAA